AGAAGUUUCAUGAAUCCUCCAAAAAAUGGAACAUCGCUCCCAAGAUUAACUCGAUCGAUCGACGACGAUGAUGAAGGGUCAACGAUGUUUAAGGUUGCAGGUGCACUAUUUGCUUACGGAAUUUUUGUGGGCAUCUUUGUCCUCAUUUGUCAUAUACGUCGAGCCUUUGAAUCAAUAAAUAUUCAACAGUAUACGAACAGGGGAAAUGCGAUUCGAAAUUCCUAUGUUCAAGUACAGACUGAAAUAACGCCAUCGAGUAUACUUGCGGUACAAGAAAAUACACUUGGAAUAGAGUCAACCAACAAAGAACCGACUCAACCCAUCAAUGAAAGAGCUGAAAAACUUCCUUACAAUCCAGCAUUUGAAAUUCAACCGAACAAUUUGGAUACUUUCAACAGAAAAUUGGGAAAAGGAAAGUUUGGAAUAAUCAAUAAAGGACUGCUGACUUUAAGAAUUUGCAAAACAAAUGAAGUGGUUCAAGUGAAUGUAGCAGUAAAAAAGAUGGUUGAUCCAACAGAUGAAAAACAAGAUAAACUAAUUUAUGAUGAAAUUAAGUUGAUGUGUGCAAUUGGGAAACAUCCAAAUGUUUUAGCCAUUGUUGGAGCUAUCACAAAGAAAGAAAAAGUAUCGGGAAGGGAGUAUAACCAAGCCGUUUCGGAGUUCAUUGAAGGAGGAGAUCUUCGAAGUGUCUUAAGAAAUAGUCCAUACACUUUUCAAGAUGAGAUUACAUCUAGAGAAAGAACUGGUGGACAAAAUGUAGAUGCGGAAGUUUUCGACACAAUAUCAACAUCCGAUCUAUUCUCGUUUGCUUAUCAAAUUGCAAAUGGGAUGGAGUAUUUGGCGUCUUUACCGUGUGUGCAUCGCGAUUUAGCGCUGCGAAACGUCUUUGUGAAGAAAAAUAAAAUUAUUCGAAUAGGAGACUUCGGGUUGGCAAGACACAACGGAGAUAAAGAUUAUUACAAGGUGAAGUACAGUCCUGAAACACCGUUACCCAUAUUUUGGCUGGCUCCUGAGUGCUUUGACGACGGAACAAGCUUCACUGAAAUGACAGAUGUUUGGUCAUAUGGUGUCUGUCUUUUUGAGUUAUUUUCACUCGGAGCAUCGCCUUACUUAGAAGAGUUUCAAAAUUUCUUUGACCCAAUUUACUACGUGGUUGCCUUUUUGGAAUCAGGAAAAAGGCUUUCUUCGCCAAAAUAUUGCAGGUCUGAUAUAUACAACUUUAUGCUGGAAUGCUGGAACAGUGAUGCAAAACAACGGCCAAGAUUUACAAAGUGCAAAGAAUUUUUCAAAAAUUUAAUCAAACGCAAAAAUUUCAAAAACCUCGAAACCGACUUACAAACGGAAGAACAACUACAAUGCGAAUUAUCGGUAGGAUGAUUAAAAGACUCAAGUAUUAUUAUAUUUGUUCAGGCUUUGUAUUUUAUCCAGGUCUGAUCUGUAAAAAUUAAUUGUCCUAGUUUAGAAACCAGUUUUUAUAAAUAAACAAUUUUCUUGUUA